AUGGGAACUUAUUAUCCAAGCAAGAAGAUUCACCGCCGCACUUGGUCGUUGGCGUGGUUGCUCGUCUUCAACCACCAGCUCUUUGUCGGCGUUAAACUCCAUCCAACAGAGCAAACGAUUGAGACUGUCGAGCUGGCGUUUAACACCCCUAACGAACUCGCCAUGCUACAGCAGAUUGUUGAUGAAAUCAAGGAUUUACACACCACCGUCUACAACCUGCGCUGCAACAAAGAGCAAAAACUGAUAGGAGAAAGCAGGGCUGGAAUCAAAAGUCAGCAAACCUCGUCUGCAUCUCUUGAGGCCCUCAGCAAAUAUUCAAAAAAACAAGAGGAGCUUGAGAAACAAUUAGUAGAGGUUACCAAUUUUUUCAAAAAAGAUGAACAAUUUUCGGUUGAAUUCAAUUUAGUGAGGCAGGAAAUAAAUCAGACAAAUGUGAGAUUGGAAAAAUUGCAGACAAAAAUCAUCGAAACACUGCAACAGGAGGGCGCGACGCAUUUGGUCGAGCGACUUUUUGAAAAUGAGAACCACACAAACAACACGCUCAGUUUGGCUAGAAUUACGCAGGAGCUGCGCCAAAAGGGCAAAAAUGACAAAACAAACUUCCCUUGUGGGUGCGAGGCGUACUUAAGAAGGGCGGGCAAUGACAAAAAAUACUACUUCUCGCACCCCAAAUUUGCUCCUACGAUCUGGGCGGUAGCGAAUGAAACGUGCGCCAGGUUAGGUCUGCACCUGGCCACGCACAGGAAUAAUGCCGACCUCUGGGCCUUGUGGGACGAGUCGAAAAAAGUCUUGGGAAGCGCGCACUGGUGGUUGUCAGCAAAGGACUUGGGCAGCGCAGGGAAGCCGGACAUCCACUGGCACGACGGCACCAAAUUGGAGGUAACAAGUCCCUUUUGGUACCCUGGUGCCUCCAAAGCCAACUGCGGCUUCUCAGUUUCUGCAACGACGGAGAAAUUGUAUGGCGAACCGUGCACCAACAACAAACAUUUCAUCUGCGAACUGCCCGCACACUGCUACUGAAAUCUGCAUGCUUUUUCGCCUAAUUAUUAUUAUUAUAGUGCUCUAGUGCUGAUCGAGUGUAGUCGAUUUUUUUAAAUAAUCAAAAUAUAAAACUAGA